GUACAGUAGCUGUAAAUUGCAGAAAUGAGCCCACAGACAGUAGCAGUUUUAGGUCUCGCCCUGAGCCUUGGGCUAGUUGUAAGUGGUUUUCCUGCGGAACAGCCAGAAAAUGGGAAGCACUGGGUCGUCAUUGUGGCUGGGUCAAAUGGCUGGUACAAUUACAGACACCAGGCUGAUGUGUGCCAUGCGUAUCAGAUUGUCCAUAAGAAUGGGAUUCCUGAUGAGCAGAUUGUUGUCAUGAUGUAUGAUGAUCUUGCUGAGAGUCCUGAUAACCCUACAAAAGGAGUGGUCAUAAACAGACCAAAUGGAUCAGAUGUUUACAAAGGAGUGCUAAAGGACUACAUUGGGGACGACGUCACUCCUGAGAACUUCCUGGCGGUGUUGAAAGGUGAUGCUGCUAGUGUGAAAGGAGGAUCUGGAAAAGUGCUGAAAAGCGGUCCGAAUGAUCAUGUGUUUGUGUAUUUCACUGAUCACGGAGCACCAGGUCUGCUGGCCUUCCCUAAUGAUGAUCUCCAUGUUGACGACCUGAUGGAUACCAUCAAGUACAUGCACAGCAACAACAAAUACAAGAAGAUGGUGUUUUACGUUGAGGCCUGUGAAUCUGGCUCCAUGAUGAAACCUCUGCCUGUUGACAUUAAUGUUUACGCUACCACCGCUGCUAACCCUGAUGAGUCCUCAUACGCCUGCUACUACGACGAAGCCAGAGACACUUAUCUGGGAGACUGGUACAGCGUCAACUGGAUGGAGGACUCUGAUGUAGAGGAUCUGAGCAAAGAGACUUUGGCCAAACAGUUCAAGAUCGUAAAGGCCAAAACCAACACCAGCCAUGUGAUGCAGUAUGGAAACAAGACACUGUCCCACAUGAAGGUGAUGGCAUUCCAGGGUAGCUCAAAGGGUCUUGAUAAGGCAGUGGAGCCAGUGUCGUUGCCUGUGAUCGCUGAACAUGACCUCAUGAGCAGCCCCGAUGUGCCACUUGCCAUCCUGAAGAGAAAACUGCAGAAGACCAAUGAUGUUGAUGCUGUUGUUGGUUACCUGAAUGAAAUCCACGCUCAUCUACAGGUGCGGGAGCUGCUUGGAAACACUAUGCGUAAGAUCGUGGAGCAUGUUGUGCAGGACAAAGAGGAAGUGCAGGAUUAUCUGGAUGGACGUUCAGACCUCACACAGUACAAUUGUUACAAAACAGCCGUCAGACACUACAAGAAACACUGCUUCAACUGGCAUGAGCAGAAGUUUGAAUAUGCUCUGAGACACCUGUAUGCUCUAGUAAACCUCUGUGAGGGAGGAUACCAGGCCCACAGAAUCACUGCAGCCAUGGACGAUGUGUGUUACUUCAGGGAGUAGAAAUGUGAACUUGAGCCACCGAGGAUUUAUUAUGGAUGAACUACACUUUGCACAAAAGAGUCUGACUGUGGGCAGAAAUCAGUUUCAUCACACACAGCUUUUGAUCCUUUUGAAAAUGUUUCUUUUUUAAAUGAGGAUUUGCACUUUUAAAAUUAUUUUAUGUAAUGUUUUACUUUUUUCUUUCAUAUUUUGUUUUUUAAAGGAAGCAUAAACUCGAGAAAAUCCAAACACAUUUUCCUGUUAAACUUUUAUUUUUUAGUUUUUUUUUAAUCGGAUGCCUCAUAAGUGAAAUCAAAUGGAAAGUCUGCUUUAAAGUGACACGGCUACAGUGGCAAAGCUUGUUUUUGCACCUCAGUUACUGCCGACGUUAGUAAGAAAUGCAUUUUCAGAAACCAAAGCGUUUAAAUGUCCAGUUGUACAUGAUGCUAAUCUAUUGCGUUAAAACAAUUUCAAACAAACACUAGCUAGACACUAUUUGCUACAGUAUGUGUUGCACUAAGAUUUUGUUUUUAUUUUUUUUAAGCCGAUGUUUUUUUAGGCUGAUCUGCUUGUUUCCUGAGCCAUGAUGAUCCCCUUUUCUCCCCCUAUGUAGUAAAAUCAAAUGAGCUCUUCUUUGGUUAUUAGCUAAAUGUCUACCCAUCAAACUAACCUGAAGUCUGUGGUCAUACUUAAGAAGUGUCUUAAAUAACUGAGCGCUGAAUGAGAAGGUGUGUUUAGUGUCGGGCUGUGCUAUUAUGUCAAGUGGCCUCCGUUUAGAGCAAAUUGAGGCCUGAAACUGAACUGAAGGGGGUGUAAUGAAUGACAAGUGUGUGCUGGAGUUAGGGAAAUGAGUUUGCACUGACAACCACUGUGUGAAGCAAAACACUGAAUGACUACAUGUUUCCCUGUCAAUGUAUAAUCUGUUAAGCAGUGAAUUAUUGGUUUAUAAAAGGAAUAAUAAACACUGAUGGAGUGGAA